CAGUGUGAUUGUAAAUCGGCUCUUGUGAAGCCCUAUGUGUGUCACAUCCUGGCGGAGCACCAUUGAGGGAACAAAGGAGCUGGGGAACCAAAUGAUGGGGAUAGCCUGAUAUCCUCAAUCCAACAAACAAGAUGUCAAAACGGCCAUCCUAUGCCCCUCCCCCUGCCCCAGCCCCCACAACACAAAUGCCCACCACCCCUGGGUUUGUGGGGUACAACCCAUACAGCCAUCUGGCCUACAACAACUACAGGCUGGGAGGGAACCCCGGCGGGAACAACAGGGUAAUGAACUCCUCAGGGAUCACUGUUCCUAAGCCGCCCAAACCGCCCGACAAGCCGCUGAUGCCCUACAUGCGGUAUAGCCGGAAGGUAAGCAGGAAGGUUUGGGACCAAGUUAAAGCCUCUAAUCCUGACCUGAAGUUAUGGGAGAUAGGAAAGAUCAUUGGUGGCAUGUGGAGGGACCUCACUGAUGAGGAAAAGCAGGACUAUUUAAACGAGUACGAAGCGGAGAAGAUCGAGUAUAAUGACUCUAUGAAGGCCUACCACAACUCUCCAGCCUACCUGGCAUACGUCAACGCCAAGAACCGCGCAGAAGCCGCCCAGGAGGAGGAGAGCAGGCAGAGGCAGUCACGACUAGACAAAGGCGAGCCCUAUAUGAGCAUCCAACCUGCUGAGGACCCUGAUGACUAUGACGACGGGUUCUCCAUGAAGCAUACAGCAGCAGCUCGUUUCCAGAGGAACCACCGGCUUAUCAGCGACAUCCUCAGUGAAGUUGUAGUGCCUGAUGUUCGCUCAGUGGUGACCACCGCUCGCAUGCAGGUCCUCAAGCGCCAAGUCCAGUCCCUCAUGGUUCACCAGAGGAAGCUUGAAGCAGAGCUCCUUCAAAUCGAGGACCGGCAUCAGGACAAGAAAAGAAGGUUUCUGGAGAGCACAGAUUCCUUCAACAAUGAACUGAAACGGCUGUGCGGUUUGAAGGUGGAGGUGGACAUGGAGAAGCUGGCAGCUGAAAUGGCUGCCGCAGAGGAGGCAGCUCGCCAAAGGGCGGAGGAAAGAGAGCGGGAAGCAGCGGAGCAGGUGGAGAGAGCCGCUCAAGAAGAGCAACAGCCUGCCAGCGCACAGUCCAAUGCCAACCCAGAACAAACCUCGUCCAGCGAGGCCAAGGAUGGGGAGGACAAACCCACCCCUAUGGAGACAGAUGAGAAUCCUACUGAAGCAUCCGAAGGACCGCAGGAGGACCAAGGUGCCUCAGCUGCAGCUGGAGAGAAACCUGCCCAACCUGAGCCUGCAGAGGGCGCUACAGAUGAGGGCACCAGCGACAGCACCGCUCCAUCCGAAAGCAGCUCUGGACCCCCAGCAGAAGCCCAGGCCUCUGACAACACACCUGAAGAGAGGCAGUCACAAUAACCCACACCCACAUGCCUCUCCUUUUCAAAAUUUACAGACACUCGUUCUGCUCUGUGUGAAGUCUUGGGGUUUGUCAUUUAAUCCUAUGGCUGGGUAAGGAGUAAGUGGAAAGGUGUAAAGAAAGGACAAAGUUGUGAAUUUUCAUUUCUUUUCCACAGAUAUUCAGUCAACAGACUGACUGACACGCCUUUUUACUUGAUCUGACAUGUAUUGGAGUAAAAUGUUAUGCUUGCAUCCUACAGUCAACAAAUGGUUUGUAUAAAGCAGAACUGCAAUGAUCUUUGCUUUUCCUAUAACUGUUUAUGUUAUGUUCCACCUUUUUGUUAAAUUUUUUUGACAGGUUAGUUUAGUAUAUGGAUUGUAGUGAUCGACUUUCAGACUUGUUCCUACUUUCUUUCUUUUCAUCUUUGAUUUUUUUAUGAAGCCAUGCUUGCAUUCAUGAGUACACCUUGUAACAGAUUUACCCAAGAGCGCACUGUGGAGAUUGUUCUGCUGGACGCGUUAUAAAAUGGUAUUACAGUAAGAUUCUGGAUUAUAAAUCGUGCUUUUGUAUUGUUGAAGGUAUUCACUCAAUAAAGUGAUUUCUAUGUCUGUUUUA